GAUAACGAUAACGCUGAGGGAGGUAGAAAGCGCGAAAUAGAGGGAUGCAAGUCGUAAGAAGAAAAAAUUGAAAUGAAAAGUUUUUUUUUUUGACAAUACAAAGCAGUUAGCAAUCGCGUGAAAGAGAGAGAGAGUUGGGGGUUCAGCAUAGCACUGGCAAUUAUUAUUAAACAAUUAAGCAUACCAUAAUCAUAUAAUCAUAAUCAUCAUAAUCAUAAUCAUAAUAAUAAUAAUAACAGGUGCAAGCAAGCAAGCAAUCAAAUUUAAUUUGGAUUUGGUUGGAGGAGGGUCUGUCGACGGGUGAAGAAAGAAGCGCAUCAUCUCGAAAUCAAUCAAAUCUGUUGCCGGAAACCUAAAUCCGUUCAGAUCCAUCCGAUGGAGGCAAUCGAGGAAUUGGUUCAGCUCUCCGAAUCCAUGCGACAAGCUUCCGCCCUCCUCGCCGAUGAAGACAUUGAAGACUCCAGGCGCACUUCUACUUUCCUCAACGUCGUUGGCCUCGGCAAUAUCGGUGCUGGAAAAUCUGCUGCAUUGAAUAGCCUCAUUGGACAUCCUGUUUUGCCAACAGGUGAAAAUGGCGCUACCAGGGCUCCCAUUAGCAUUGAAUUGAAUAGAGACACAUCUUUAACCACCAAGUCUAUCAUCCUCCAAAUGGAUAAUAAAUCUCAGCAGGUUUCUGCAAGUGGCCUCCGACAUUCUCUACAGGAUAGACUCAGCAAAGGUUCCUCUGGUAAGAGAAGUGAUGAAAUUUAUCUAAAACUUCGUACCGGUACUGCACCGCCGUUGAAGUUAAUUGAUUUGCCUGGAUUGGACCAGCGGAUAGUUGAUGACAAAAUGAUCAGUGAAUAUGUUGAGCACAAUGACGCUAUUUUACUGGUGGUAGUUCCUGCGGCUCAGGCACAAGAAAUUUCAUCAUCACGAGCCCUUAGAGUAGCAAAGGAAUAUGAUGCUGAAUCCACCAGAACAGUUGGUGUUAUCAGUAAAAUCGAUCAGGCAGCCGCAGAACCAAAAGCCCUUGCAGCUGUGCAGGCACUCCUAUUGAACCAGGGACCACCAAAAACCUCUGAUAUUCCGUGGGUUGCUUUGAUAGGCCAGUCUGUUUCUAUAGCUUCUGCACAGUCUGGGAGUGGUGCACCUGAGAGCUCGUUGGAAACUGCCUGGCGCGCUGAAACUGAAAGUUUGAAAUCCAUACUGACCGGAGCCCCUCAAAGCAAGCUUGGUAGAAUUGCUUUGGUUGAGUCUCUUGCUGCACAAAUCCGCAAUCGUAUGAAGCUGCGGCUUCCAACACUCCUCACUGGCCUUCAGGGAAAGUCUCAAAUUGUUCAAGAAGAAUUAGUGAAGCUCGGUGAACAAAUGGUUAGUACUUCUGAAGGUACAAGAGCUCUAGGCCUGGAGUUAUGUCGUGAAUUUGAGGAAAAGUUUCUUCAACAUCUCACUGGAGGCGAGGGUAAUGGUUGGAAAGUGGUUGCCAGUUUUGAAGGGAAUUUUCCUAACAGGAUCAAGCAACUUCCUAUUGACAGACACUUUGACAUAAACAAUGUCAAGAGGAUUGUCUUAGAAGCAGAUGGAUAUCAACCUUAUCUUAUCUCUCCAGAGAAAGGUCUGAGGUCCUUAAUAAAAGGCGUUCUUGAACUGGCAAAGGAGCCAUCACGCCUGUGUGUCGAUGAGGUACACCGUGUGCUUGUGGAUCUAGUUUCAGCUGCUGCAAAUGCUACACCUGGUCUUGGAAGAUAUCCUCCUUUCAAGAGAGAGAUUGUGGCAAUUGCAAGUUCUGCCUUGGAGUCAUUUAAAAAUGAAUCCAAGAAAAUGGUGGUUGCACUAGUUGAUAUGGAGCGUGCAUUUGUUCCACCCCAACAUUUUAUUCGUCUAGUGCAGAGGCGAAUGGAAAGGCAACGCCGAGAAGAUGAGCUAAAGAACCGGUCAUCCAAAAAGGCAGUUGAUGCAGAACAGUCAAUUCUAAACAGGGCAACUAGUCCCCAAACAGGUCAACAGAGUGGAGGCAACUUAAAAUCAAUGAAAGAGAAAUCCAGUCAGCAAGACAAGGAUACACCAGAGGUAUCUGGCUUGAAGGUUGCGGGUCCCGAUGGGGAGAUUACAGCAGGAUAUCUGUUUAAAAAAAGCGGCAAAGGUAGUGGUUGGAGUAAGCGGUGGUUUGUUCUAAAUGAAAAGAGUGGCAAGCUUGGAUAUACCAAAAAACAAGAAGAGAGACAUUUUCGAGGAGUAAUUACAUUGGAGGAAUGCAAUAUUGAUGAGAUUUCUGAUGAGGAUGAAGCCGCUGCAAAGAGUUCCAAGGAUAAAAAGUCCAAUGGACCCGAUUCUGGAAAAGCAUCUAACCUCGUUUUCAAGAUAACAAGCAAGGUCCCUUAUAAGACUGUUAUGAAAGCUCAAAGUACAGUUUUGUUGAAGGCGGAGAGCAUGGCAGAUAAGGUUGAGUGGAUCAACAAGCUGAGAAAUGUUGCCCAGGCUAAAGGGGGUCAAGCAAUUGGUGAACCUAGCUUUCCAAUGCGACAAAGUCUUUCUGAUGGUUCCCUUGAUACUAUGGCUAGAAAACCUGCUGAUCCAGAGGAAGAGCUGAGAUGGAUGUCUCAGGAAGUGCGUGGUUAUGUUGAAGCUGUUCUCAACAGCCUUGCUGCCAAUGUUCCAAAAGCAGUUGUUCUUUGCCAAGUAGAGAAAGCUAAAGAAGACAUGCUUAACCAGUUAUACAGUUCCAUCAGCGCUGUAAGCUCAGCAAAAAUUGAGGAACUGCUCCAGGAGGAUCAAAAUGUCAAGCGUAGAAGGGAGCGUGCUCAGAAACAAUCUUCCCUUCUUUCAAAACUUACUAGGCAGCUAAGUGUCCAUGACAACAGAGCGGCUGCCGCGUCCAAUUGGUCUGAUAGAGGGAGUGCAGCAGAAAGCAGCCCACGCAGCUCUGGACCAACAUCGGGUGAUGAUUGGAGGUCUGCAUUUGAUGCUGCUGGCAAUGGUCCAAGUGACUCACUAUCCAGGUAUGGUUCUGGUGGUCACAGUAGACGUUACAGUGAUCCAUCCCAAAAUGGCGAUCUGAGCUCAGGAUCAAAUUCUAGCAGUCGCCGGACACCAAAUCGGUUGCCUCCUGCUCCUCCACAAUCUAGUUCAAGAUAUUAGAUAAAGCUACAUAUGAUUUUAACCACAACUAUGCAUUCUCCUCAGAUGGACACUUUCAGUUUUUUCUGCAUAUAACAAGACUUCCACAUCCUUUUUGAAGUGAUUUACUCGGAAUGUUAUAGGUUUGUAGAUAAGUAUUGUUAGCGCAGUUAUCUGAAGGUCAUACACAGUAUGUAUCCAAUUUUAUUCCCUUACUGUGUAUGUGGGGGGCAUUGUUGGGGGAGAUGAUAGUGUCUCCCUGAUUUUUUUCCCCCUCUUACAGAUGUAAUUGUUUUGUAUCCAAUGUGAUUAUCAGCAUUAGCAUAUCAGCAUUUUAUAUCAAUGCACAUUUAUCAUGA